CCUUGAAUAAGGGUUGUUUAAGGAUGUUGAACGAAACACCCAUGUUUCCAAAGGGAAUCCUAUUUCAUGAACAUUUUACCAAAUCUCGUACUGUGAUACAAAUUCUAGCCAUGGAGCAGAAAACAGACUGGCAGGCUCCAGUCACAGUUUUAUUCUGGAUCAUUCUUCAACUACUCUCAUUCCGAUUAAUGUUUCCAACUUCCAAGACUAUUGCAUUUCCCAUGAACAGUCCAGGAUCUCUUGGAUUAUGCUUCCUACCCGCUCUUAUAGAAAUUAUAAUAUUACUGACUAUUAUUAAAAUGGAAAUUCCAAAACAUAGCAAGGCCAUUCUUGAAGGUGCCAUCAUUGGAUAUUUUUCCCAUUUCUUUGCAAUAUUCUUUGAGAAUUAUCUAAACACCUACCCUUUACAUACGAAGUCUAAUGUGGUGUUGAUAUUUAUUUCACUGCAACCUUUCCUCUCUUUAAUAUUGGACAAACUUUUCUUUGGAAUUAUAUUGCCAGCUGUACAAAUUGUGGCAGUGUUAAUAUUAACCAUAGGAGCUCUCGGCAUCUCAUUCUUCACUGGAUCUUCCACACAACUGAAUCAGAUCGAUGUUACCAUGGGGAUGGCAGUGGUUGUACUUUUUAUCUGCCGUAACAUUGCUAUGAAACAAAUUUAUAUAGAAAACAUAGAUUUACACACUCGCUGCAAAACCAAGAUCAUAGCGUUCCUUGUCACAUUAUUUCUUUUACUGGGCAUUAUCGGAUCGGUUUACGCUCCUAGUAUGAAGCUUGAUUUCUUUAAGAUCCUGAUGGCCACUUAUGUACACACUGUGCUUACAAUCUUAAUGCUAACGAAUUUUCUUAAGAAACACACCACUGUCAUGGUGGCUAUCUUUUCUAUGUUGUCUCAAUUCCUCUGCCAAACUGAUGUCAAGGAUAUUCUGCUAUUAUUCCGAAAUGUCAAGUUGUUUCUCUUGUUGUUGUUGUGUGUUUGCGGUGUGAUUAUUUACAUCAUGUCAACUUAUAAAUUUACAGAAGAGAGCGAAUUUACAGUUCGACGAAAUGACCGGUACACACGCUUGGAAUUCACAAUGUUUAUAGUGAUUAUACUUGCUCUGCUUUUCUACUUUCUACCACCGAAAGUCAGUUCUCGUGACAUAAAGAACUUCAAAUACCUUGGAUUUAAUUCAGUUUUGCAUAUAUUUUAAACACUUCUACUCCAGUGGAAAAAGGAGGGAAAAAUGGGAAAUUGGACUACAUUACAUUAAGGUGAUAUUGAGGGAAAAAA